AUGGCUCUGGUCAACGGUUUUGCCUUGACCUGUAAGAAUAUGACCGACUCGGACACCGGCAAAGUCAAAGAGAGAUGCGCCUGCGAUUUUAGAAUCAAUAUAUUUGGAUGUCCAGAGUCAAACGCGUUGAUCAUCUUGUAUUACGUAUUGCUUGUUGUAACUAUAAUUCACGGCAUCGUCAGUGGAUACUUUUUGUAUCACGGAGUGGUCAGACGACGGAUGAACGUGUUCUUCCCGCCUACCAGAGACAGAGGAGUAUUAAGACCGAAGCCGCAAGACGCAUUCCAUAUCAUGGUCGUCAUAUUUUCGAUUAUGCAGAUAGGGUACAUAUCCGUGUUGCUAUCCAACGGAUGGGCGAACACCCGAGGAGCCGAGCUUGGUCAUAAUUUGCCACGUGUGGUAGCAUUCGGAUUAGCCGGGAUGCUACCCAUCAGCAUAGCCUAUUCGACCCCAGCAACAUCUAACGAGACGAGCUUAUGGGCACCAAGUAAAACCAUCCUUGAUGUGCUUGGAUUCUUCCAGAUAAUUGGCCCGGCACUCACCCAACUUCCUCUCUCGUGGACUACGGGAACGUUUGCUGACAAAGGCGAUGUGCUAAACGCUCGAAGGUUUUUCGAAAUCCAAUAUAUGGUGGUAGGGAUUUGGUCCGGAUUGUAUACGGGUAUAGUUUGGAUAGUGUGGUACAAUCUAAAAAAGAUCUUGAACGAGCAUCACCAGAUUUUGAGGGAGCGAGUGAUCUCCGAUAACAAAUGGAAACUGAUGAUGCUAAAAAGAGUUGAAGGAAAGUUGACAACAGUAUCCAUGGCCUUUACCCAAAUUAGUUUCGUCUAUAUCUUUGCAUCGUUCAUAGGCGAAUUUUUCCACGAAAACUUGAUAUUUAUUCGUGCCGUCUAUUUCUUGUGCUUUGCUGUAUGGAAUUUUACCAUGCCAGUAGCAUUUGCCAUCACACAAGGUGUCUUCAUUUACUGUAUACUCAGGCCAGUACCAAAAUUACCGACUCAUAUCAGUUCUUCGUUCAGACCAAUGGCAGCCGAAUGUUGGUUGCAGCUAGCAAUUAUACAGUGGAGAAUUUGGAAAGACGCCAGGUGGGACGAAGGGACAUCAAGUGAAGGCGAACAAUGUGUUAAUGAAAAAGAACAGUCUGAUGGAUAA